AUGGUCGACGAGACCAAGUGCAGUUCGAUCGAGGACGGCACGACCACGGAUGAGGAUCGGGACGUCCGCGUCGAUUCCGGUGCAUCGGACGAGGAGCUGUGUAUGGACGAAGAGGACGAGGACGAUGUGUCUUCCCCAACCUCAGCGGCGCCCGGAGCCCUGACGUUCGGUAUAUCUCGUCUGUUGGCCGGCGGCGGUGGACGCGGUGCAGACGAUCUGGCGUCCAAACGUUCGGCGUCCUGCACCGGCAUGGCCGCGGCCGCAGUGUCCGGUCCUGCAGAAGCGCUCGCCUCGCUUUACGCGGCCGGGCAUCACCAUGCGGCCGUGUUCGGACUUCACCACCACCUGCACCAACAACAGCACAUGGCUGCAGCCGCGGCCGCUGCACACCAAGCAGCCGCUGCAGCUGCGGCGGCGGCCAACAAGCCGACCGACGACAAGACGUACCUGCAGUACUCUGGAGCAGCGGGCGUCAUCAAGGUCCCAGCGCACCGGCCGCACCCGUCCAACGGCGGCGGUGGCGCGCCCGGUCCGAUGCAGUCCCCUUGGGCCGCGGCCGCAGCCAUCGACCCCGUGUCGUUCAUGCAGCGCAACGCUUUCCUGUUCGCCGCCGACAAGAACCGACUCGCAGCGGGUUGUGCUGGUGGACUUUUGGGGACCCGACGCAUUGGACAUCCGUACCAAAACCGGACGCCACCCAAGAGGAAAAAGCCACGCACGUCGUUCACUCGCAGUCAGAUUUCACAGCUCGAGGAGAAGUUCAACAAGCACAGAUAUCUGUCAUCCGUUGACCGAGCGGCCCUGGCGAAAGCUCUCAAGAUGACCGACGCACAGGUCAAAACGUGGUUCCAGAACAGACGCACCAAAUGGAGACGUCACAUGAUGGAGGAACGGGAAGCUCAAAGGCAAAUGGCCACGAAAAUGAUGCAGUCCAUGAUGGACGACCGAGACGGCGGCGUACGUCUGGGCGCUCUGCAGGGCCUGCAGGCCUGGUCACCGGCCGCCAUGUCGCCCGGCGGCGGCGGGCCCGGAGGCGUCGGCGGCUCGCCGGUCGCGCCGCAACCGCCACCAGGACACUUUGCCCUGUCGCAGCCACCGGUCGCUUCGCCCAUGUGCUGA